AUGGCCGCGAGCGGGAUGCACAUCUCCGGAGUGCACACACUGCAUCACGCGAGACACAUUCUGGCGAUUGUUUGCGGAUUGGGCAUGGGCGUGAUGGCAGCGCUUUUCUUGGUGGUGAACGUGAUUGCGGACUUCUGGGGCGAGGGCACCGUCGGACUGCCGGCCACAGUGCCGGAUGUGGCGGAACGGUUCGAUGUGAAGCUGACGUCGAAGGACGAGUACUUUCCGGUGAGUUGGGGAGAGGAUUUGGGUUGGAUUCCAAUCGGUGGGAAUGCAGAAAUUGCAGAAGGAGGUAUUUUUGCGGGGUUUUUUGAAGUUUGUUGA